AUGGCGACAAUGAAAAAUAUAUGCAGUGUUUUGAUGAUUGUAGUUUUAUUUACGAUGAUGGUUUCAACACAUGCAAAUACGAAGGAUGUGUGUGUUAAGCAUUGUGUCCCAAACCAAUGUAUGAAUGUUUCUAAAAAGGCAACUCUUCCUCUAUGUGAGAAUGCUUGUAAGAAAAUCUGCAACGAAAACGAAUUUGCGCAUGAGGAAUACGUCCAGCCUCGAGACAACUGCGGAAUAUUCUGGUUUUUAUGUUAA